AUGCCGCACGUCGUUGCGUACAAAGGCACGGUCGUACACUCGAUCGCGCUCAACUGCGUGCAAGUGUUUGCGCCAGGUCUCAUUGGUGUCGACGACACGACGGGGAAAAUCGUGUUUGUGCGCGACAUCAGCGACUCAGGUCCAGGCGCUGAGACGUUUGAUGCGUGCGUGGACGUUGGCGACCACCUGUUGCUCCCGGGGUUCAUUGACGGCCACGCGCAUGCGCCUCAGUAUGCGUUUCUCGGGGUCGGGAUGCACUUGCCGUUACUUCAGUGGCUCGAAACCUAUACGUUUCCCUACGAAGCCAAGUUUGCAAACCGCGCGCACGCGCAAAACGUGUACGACAAAGCUGUACGACGGCAUUUGAACAAUGGGACGACCACGUGCUCGUACUUUGCGACCGUCCACCUCGACGCCUGCAAAGUGCUUGUCGACGUCGUGGAGCAAAGUGGGCAACGUGCGUUUGUGGGGAAAGUCAACAUGGAUCGCAACGCGCCGAGUGCGUUGCUCGAAGACACGGACAGGUCACUUGUUGACACGAACGCGUUUGUUGCGUACGUACAAAAAAAGCACAACGAGCUACUGACGCCUGUGAUUACCCCACGAUUUGCUCCGAGCUGUACGACCAGACUCAUGCAAGGCCUCGCAGCCAUUUCACGAGCCCAUUCGCCCAAGUUGCCCGUGCAGUCCCAUCUUGGCGAGAACCGCCAGGAGAUCCAGUGGGUCACGCAGCUGCAUCCAGAGUGCAAGUCGUACACGGAUGUGUACGAUGCAUGUGGACUUUUGCACGACCGGUCGUACAUGGCGCACUGCAUCUGGUGCAGCAAGAGCGAGCGCGAGCUCCUGCGGACCAACCAAACGGCAGUGAUCCACUGCCCGAAUUCCAACUUUUCGCUCGCGAGCGGUGUGCUGAAUGUCCGUCGCCUGCUACGAGAAGGAGUCAAAGUAGGACUGGGCACGGACGUAUCGGGCGGCUACUCGCCGUCCAUGUUAGAUGCCAUUCGUCAGGCUGUUACCGCGUCCAAGAUGGUCUCGAUUGGCAAUGGCAGUGUUGGUGAUGAGCACGAGCUGGCGGUGUUGCAGGAAGAAGAAGAAGGAGAUGGGGCAGCAGCGCUGUCUUAUGCUGAAGCUUUUCAUCUCGCGACCGUUGGCAGCGCUGAAGCACUUGGACUUGGCGAUACGGUCGGCAACUUUAUGAUUGGCAAAGACUUUGAUGCGCUCGUGGUGGAUCCUUACUGUGCAAACGGUCCUAUUGACAAGCCGUUCGACCCCGUCGAAGUUGCAGACGUUUUGCACACGCUCCAGAAGUUCCUGUUCCUUGGCGAUGAUCGGAACAUCAUUUCCGUCUUUGUCAAGGGGCGGCAAGUCAAGGGUGUAGUGUCCGAGCGUCAAGCGACAAAGCUCGACGACGACACGAGCUUGUCGUAA